GUCUGUAAAUACUUGGCACAUUUCAGUCCGCAGCGAGCUCGUGGAUAGGGCAGUACUGACCGUUCUGCAUCCAAAAUUUUCUAUAUUUAGCUAACUUUUCGCGUCAGUGAUUUCCUCAGUUCUCAGAAGUUAUUGAAACAGCUAACUUUGUUCUUUUUGAACAAUAUUCUUCACCAAAUAAACGAUGGACGCAGAAAACAAUCUGGACUCUUCACCAAAAAAUGAAGUGCAGCUAAACCCAAAGACGGGAGAAGUGAUUCCGAAUGUGAACACCUACCAGCAGAAGAAAAACCUGGCCCAGGGAAUGAUGGACCUGGCGUUGGUUUCCGCGAACGCUAAUCAGCUGCGCUACGUGUUGGAAUCCUUCAAGCGACAUCCCUACUACUACUUCAGCUUGAUCUUCAUUUCGGUCAGUCUGGUGAUACAGAUCGUCGUUGGCAUAGGGCUGAUCAUGAACAGUCGCUACAACGUGAACGACAAACGGGAGAUCUGUAAGGCAAACAAAAUAAACGAUUUAGUCACGAUCGGAAUCUUUCUGAUAACGCUCGUUAAUGUGUUGAUAUCGGCUUUCGGAGUAGCACCGCAGGUUGAUUGAUUUGGGGAAAAUAAGUGUUCAAUUUAAGUGACGUGAUUGUGUGUAAUAAUUUAGUUAAAUUAAGCUAUAAGACUAUUUUUUGUGGAUUUAUUUUGAAAAGUAAGCUAAACUACCACAAAAAGAACCUUAUAUUUUAAAUUUUGAAAAUAUUGAUCUAAAUAAGAAUAGCUGCUACAUAAUAAAUUCUCAUACUUGAAAGACUGUUUUGUUAAAAUCGUAGAUAGACACUAAUCGUAUGAACAUAAUAGAAAAUUGAUUGAAAGAAUGAUAAAAAUUGGUUUUUAAGUAUAAAAACUUUCCAAUAACAAUAAAAUCUUAUUCAAAAGUAAGAAGAGCUACAUUGACACUACUGUAAAUUAUUUAAUUUUGUUGAGUGAUCUAAAAUUUAAUUAAAAAUAAUCAAUCUCUAGAUACCAGACAUCAAUCAAACGAGAUUUUGUAAUGUCAAAUCAAAACGAUGUUGGAUUCGAAUUUUCAACCAAGUUUUGUAAUUAUUCUUAGCUAGUUAGCCUAAACCCGCGACUACGUUCUAUUUUCUUUUUUUUUUUUUUGCUUUUGAAGAAUGAAGUUGGAGCACAUGUUGUGUUGAAUAAAGUAUCAGUAAGAAAUUCAUAGAGCUGUAUUGCAGGUUCUUCAUUUCCAUAAUCAAAAAAGUAUAUAGUGGAUUUAUUCCUAUAUUUAUUUAAGCUUUCAUAAUCAUUUUUUGGAAUAUUGGCAGCCAAAUGAAAACUAGUAAAAACCCAAAAUUAAUCCACCUAGCGGCGAGACCCAGCCUUUCUCUUUCGAACUUAUUAUUUGUUUGAAUAGAUUUGCAUAAAACCUUUAAUUAAUAGAAAAAAUACACCUUAAUAAUUUCUACAAGAAUUCUUUUUCACUCUAAAUAACGUAUUUCUGGUAGCCAAAAGUAUAACUUUACCGAAAAUUUUGAAAUUAACAUGAAAUAAAUAUAAUAAAAAUAAUAUACAUGA